UUGUCAGUCUCGAGAGAGAGCGGAGUACAGUGAAGUGGAUUUUGUCUGUAUUCCAUAAGGGGUGCGAAUGUUGGAAGCUAAGGAAGCAAAGCAAAACGCAUGGCUGAAAAUGGCGGCACCGCUACACCAUAACAUAGCCAACUUUUUAUGUAUUAGCAACAAACAGCAGCUCGCUAUAGAAGUGUAAAGAGAAACAAAGGGCAUCGAUUUGCAGUGUCGUGUAAGAAUUUUUUUUGCAAAAAAGAGUGAAGUUAGCUUGGGGUUUAAGGUUGUCUUGUUGUGGUUUUUUUGUAGAUGGGAAAGGUGGCAGUUUGAUGACAUGGGUAGCAGGAAUAAUGCUUUUAUGGGCACAGAGAAAGGAUUCGGAAGAGAUCAUUGUGAUGUUGGGUUGGCUUUGAGGAUGCAACAAGUUGAGGAAUCUUGCCCAAAUAAGAGCUUCAUGCCAAUGCCUCAUCAUUCUUCUCAUCAUCAGCUUUCAUCAUCGUCUUCUUCCUGUUGCGGUGAUGGAUUUGAUGGUGGAGCUUGUGGUGGUGGGCCCAUUGUUUGCAACACAAGCAAUCAGGUACCAUGCACGGGCGAUAUAUACGAUGUUGUCGGUGCUGCUUCUGCUUCUGCUUCUGCUGCUGCUGCAGGGGUUUUCAAGUCUCUGCAUCAUCACCCCUUUAGCGCUGACCCUUCUUUUCCCAACAAUUGCUCAGGAGAAAUGGCAGCUCCUGUGAAUGCUAGAGCUCCUUUCACGGCAGCUCAGUGGCAAGAGCUAGAGAGGCAGACCAUGAUAUACAAGUACAUGACGGCCUCUGAGCCUGUCCCUCCUGACCUCCCCAUACCCCUCACCAGAAACCCUUCAAAUGUGAUAAAGGGGUCUUUGGAACUGGGGUUUUCGGGCAAUAGUUCGGAUCCAGAGCCAUGGAGGUGCAGAAGAACAGAUGGGAAGAAAUGGAGGUGCUCGAGAGACGUGGCUCCUGAUCAGAAAUACUGUGAGCGUCACUCUCAUAAGAGCCGUCCCCGUUCAAGAAAGCCUGUGGAAUUGCCAAACCACUCCGUUAACAACAAUGACCACAAGCCACAUACACUUAACAUGGCAUCUGACAAGCAGCCUCAUCAAAAUCCUCAUUUCAUCACCGAUGCUCAUUUAUUGACAUCUUCGUUUGAUCAGCCUAGGUGCUUGGAGUGGUUCAUAAAAGGGGAGACUACGGUUCCUUUUGCUGGCAAUUCGAACCCAGAGUGGCAGCAGUUUCAGACACAAGGGACAAAGUAUGGGGGAAAUGUGAGUGAAUACCAGCAGCAAUAUUAUAAAGACCAUCGCCUCAAUUUGCAAGCUCAGCAUCUAAACGAGCAGUUCAGCCCCGAUUUCGCCUCUUUGGGAGGAGCCUCGAAUCUCAACCAAACACAUUCACAAGAGACAAGGAGCUUUAUUGAUGCAUGGUCAACAGCAGAGAGAGAGGUUGCCGAACUGGAUGGAUUUGGGAGCAAACGCCCUCUUUGUUCAAACGAGAAGCUACCGCUCUCUUCUCUUACACUGUCAAUGUCGGGUGGGAGUGGAAACAAUCAAGAAGAAGACGAUGAGAACAGCCAAAUGGGUGCUUUCGACAUCAUGGGCUUGGCAGUGGAAAAUGUGAGGGCUUUGAGACCCCAAAUGGCGAAUCCUGUUUCAUGGAUGGGUUCGCCGCCUGGUGGACCGUUGGCUGAAGCAUUGUGCCUUGGUAUUGCAAGUAGUCAAAGCUCAAGUACGAGUAACUGCAGCAAGAGCACAUGAAAAAACAGGCGAGGCCCAACUUAUAUUAACCUACGGAUAAGAGCUUUAUAAAUGUGAUGUUGUUUGAACAUUUGUGUAUUGCACAAGGGGUUUUCUUUUUAUUCUUGUCCUUUUAAAUUUUCUAUGUUACUGCUGCUACAUGGAAAUUUCCACUGGCUUAUUUGGAGCUAAGCGCCCAGUCUUUUGGAAAUGCGAUGAUUGGUGAAUGCCCUUUGUUUCUUUUUGGUUAUGGAAAAGGGCGUGCUCUAGUCUCCUUGCUUUACCA